AUGAAAUGCCACCUGAACCCCAUAUUAGCCUAUUGCAUCCUCAUGAGUGGACGAGAAAGUGUCGAUAGAAAACUGUUGACGAAAGUCCAGGGCGACAAGAAACUAUUUCCGAUCAUGGACGCUUACCUGGCGGUCAAGGCACCCCUGGAAUAUUAUUUCCGAGACCGCCUAGCCGAAUCGGCCAUAUCUGAAUAUCAACAGGACUUUCUCUUCAAAGCUAUCCUAUCACAUCCUACUGCAAACCAAGCGAUAUCUCUGAAGGCAGUGAAAGGCUUCGUGAAAUCACUUGCAAACUAUGGUAGGUUUCCAUUACAAAGAGAUAUAUGUUUCCUCAUGAGGAACACCAACUGCUGGCAGACAGCUUCAGAUCUUUCUGUUGCACUCAUGAAUCAUGUGUCGCCGGAGCUACCGCAUGACGCUGAAUGGCAACCAUGCUGUAAGGUUUCGGAUGAGAAGGUCGGGCUCCUCUUCCACUGGGCCCAAGUGACAUGCGCACCUUCCUGUCGAUGUGCUCAUGGCUCAAUACGCCCAACAGCUGAUUACAGUAUGGUGUUACAGCUGAUGAUGGUACACGGUGCAGAUCUACAUGCCAAGUGUUAUUGGGGCGGUACAGUUUUUCAAGCCCUUCUGGACAGUUCCAUCGAGCGUAGAGAUGAUCAUGGUCCUCUUGACAGGAAGGCAAAAUUCCUGGCCCUUACCGAAAACGGAUUUGAUCCCACAAUCCUUGCCGAGAACGGCCAUGAUGCACUUCAAUCUGCAAUAUUGGCUUUCAAUAAUGGGACAUCUCGAUCACUCUAUGAGAUUGAUUCCAUUAUUGGCUACCUCCGGUUUUACGACAUUUACGCCAAAUGGCCAGAAGAGGAACAUGAAACUUUAGAUCUUGUCCAAUCCGCAAUCCGCUGGCCAACAGAGACGGACUGUGUGCAGAGGAACUCCCAACAAUCUACUCAAGGAUCAGUAAGACAACCAGAAGAACAUGCGGUUCAAGAAUCGACAGACUUAUACGGUGACGACCGCGAGGCUGACGCCCCUGAAGGCCCUCACUCGCCAGAACCUGCCCCCACAGCUCGGCGUCGCAGAACUCAGUCAGUCGAAAUUGACAAAGUUGACUCUGACGACGAACCAGACGACCCUCUCCCCCGGCCGCUGAGCCAGGACUUGCAGAAGAACGUUUCUAAGAUGGCGGAUGCCGUGGAGGAUAUACUAAAACUCAGAGCGGCAGAAGCUACCGUAACAAUGAACAAAUGGAAAACGACACUAGCGAGUAAUUGGAAGAAAUUAGAUUUGGGAUCUGUGAGUCGACCGAAAUUGCCAGCCGAGGAAUGA